AAUAGGCGCGCGGGCUGGGCGGCGGCCGGGGUAUAAAAAGCUCCGCCCCGCGCGGCGCGCUCCAGACUCACCUGGGCGCGCAGGGAGCGGGGUCGGGCUCGGUACCGGCACCAACCGCACAUCGCAUCCACAGCACACCGCGCCGUACAGCGCCGCAGGCAAAAUGUGCGACAAACCAGACCUGUCGGAGGUGGAGAAAUUCGACAAGAAGAAGCUGAAGAAAACCAACACGGAGGAGAAGAACACGCUGCCCUCCAAGGAGACUAUUGAGCAGGAGAAGGAAUGUGUGAAGUCUUCCUAGAGAGAGAUUGCCUGGCAGGAAGAGCGACUACUCAAUUAUUUUGCUUUGAAAUGAAUCAUGUGGGUUUUUUUAAAUUUACAUCACUUACAUGUAUAGAGAACAGCUGUAUCACCUAACACACUGUCCCACUUUGCUGGCAGCUUUGGCAGGUGGGGGGACAAAGCGUGGUCCUCUCAGUCCAUCAGUAGCCUGACCUGAUGCCAUCUCUGCUGCUUCAGCUGCCUCUUGUGACAGACAGCACUGAUCUUGCUCUGAUGCAGUGGGGAGAUGAGCAAGGGUUGUGGAGGCUUCUGGGCAUGGACCCCUUCUGCCUGGUGGAGUGGGGAACCUUUCUGGCCUCACUUCCAUCCUGGGUAUGUCUUGCAUAUUCUUCACUGACAGUGUUCUGUAGCCUCACUCACAGUUUUUUGUCUUCCUUGGGGGAAAAAUGAGACGUUUAUUAUAAAAUAAAAAAUUGUAAUGAUCUA